AUGACUGCCACUAGCACCGGCCCUGCUGUUACGAAGCUAGCAGCUGAGCUGCGGGAAACUCUAAAGGAAUCGACUGUUUUGACUCCAGACUCAGAUGGCUACAGUGAAAGCAUCAAACGAUGGAGCGAUGCAGUAGAAAAGAAAGCGGGCAUCGUAGUUUACGUUCGAUCCGCUGAGGAUAUCUCUGCUACCAUCUUAGCAUGCCGCAAACAUUCAAUCUCCUUUGUGGUCUCAGGAGGGAAACACUCGUCUAACGGUGCCUGUUCAUCCGAAGGUGGACUGGUGAUCGACUUGGCCAAGAUGCGCGAGGUCCAUGUUGAUCCCGCCACCAACCUUGUCCGAGUGCAAGGCGGAUGCAUCUGGAAGGAUGUUGAUGAUACCGCUUUUGAAAGUGGACUCGCGGCCGUCGGAGGCACUGUGAACCACACUGGCGUUGCUGGGCUCACUCUCGGAGGUGGCUACGGGUGGCUUUCAGGCCGAUACGGAUUGGUUAUUGACAACUUGCGGGCUGUUCAAAUGGUCUUAGCGGAUGGUACUAUCACCACUGUCUCAGAGGAGAAUCAGCCUGAUUUGUUCUGGGCCGUUCGUGGCGCUGGCCAUGCCUUCGGUGUCGCUGUAGAGUUCACCUUCCAGGCGCAUUCGCAAAAGAACCUUGUCUGGGCUGGGCAGAUGGCGUUCCCCAUUGACAAGCUGCAUACUAUCAUUAACUUCGCGAAUAACCUAGUUUCCACCACCAAUGGAGACUCUGGGCUGAUCAUGGGCAUCACUGCCCCUCCCUUCACCAAACACAAGCCGGCGGUUAUUACCAAUGUCUUUCAUAAUGGAUCUACCACCGAGGCACUGUCGAUCUUCCAGCCUCUCCUAGAUCUGCAGCCCAUAAUCAAUAGCACCAAAGAACGGCCAUACAACGAGGUCAACGGUAUGAUGAACCACGCCGUCGACUACGGUGGUCGCAAACUCUCCAAGAGUGCCGUCUUUCAGACCCCCUUACGGCCAGAGUUUGUCAGCGACAUCAUCCUGCCCGAACUCGAGCGUUUCCACGCUACUGUACCCGGUGGAACACGGUCCAUCCUCCUUUUUGAAUUCUUCAAGUCGGACAAGUGGUGUGAAUAUUCUACCUCUGACAUGUCUUUCGCCAACCGCGGCCCGCAUCAAAACUUGAUGGUUGGGCCCUUCUGGGACAGCGCAGAACAUGAUCAGGUAGCUCGAAACUGGUCCCAAGCCGUGUCUGAGCUCGCCUGGCUCGAGAUCAAGCGUAACCAGAUUGACAAUGGUCCUGCCGCGAAGCCAGCACCAACCACAGAGUAUGGAAACUACGACCAUCUCGCUGCCAGCCCGCGUCGCAUAUUUGGGGCUAAUCUCGAGCGUCUGAUUGAGAUCAAGCAUCAGUAUGACCCGCAAAAUGUUUUUGACAAGUCGUACAGUUUAAUCAAGGGAUAUGAAGAAAUUGGUCGAGCCGCGAUAGGCGUCGCUCAACUCUAA